CAACUGUCAAACAAAACCAGACUGGCACAUUUGACCACGCAUUGCUUUCUCAUGUGUUACUUUUCUUCCAGACCUAAAAAAAAUGGUAUUCUGAUGUGAUUUAAGCACUGCCUUGGACUCAGAACAUUACAUUUUGUUCUCCAUUACCAAUUGUAAUUGAGUGGCAAACCAGGAAAUUGAACUGAGAACAUUUAUGAAAAUGGCUGUAAUUUGGGGUUUAAAAUCACAGCUUUUUUUUAUAGGGCCCCUUUAGUAGUUUAUUACUCAUUUUACUGUGUCUAUUGCCAGAACGGUAACACUGAAGAGUUGUAGGGCAGAGAAGAAUGAGCCUAUUUGAAAGAAGUCGCUUGUGACGUGUGUAUUAAAAAAAGGUAGCUCAUGCUAGGCAAGUUGCGUCUCCUGCUCUAGAAAAAUGUACUUUACCAGCCAAUUUAAUUUGCAAAAAGGUGACUUACUAGGUGUGCCAUGCAUCGGGGUUAGUUAGCUAGGGUGCUGUUUUGGGGAGAACCCAAGAGCAUAGACUUCUCCUUAUUCCCGUGUGCCAGGCUAAUCUACUCUGUGGUGGAAGAGAUGAUACCUGGUAUUCCUUAGCCCUUCAUUAGUUGAAUGUGAUAAGUGGACUUGCUGGGGUACUCGAGGAGAGGUUGGGGAAACACUGAUGGCUUAUCUCAUGUGUAUGUCUCUCAGGAGACAAUCACCAUGGCGAUGUUGACCCUUCUACUGCUUCUCAGCGCUGCCUUUACACUGGGCGACAGAAUGACUGCGAGGAUAGCAAAUGAUUUGGUGACAUUUGCAGCAGACCAAAGAAACCCAUGCCCCAGAGGCUGGUUCCAAUUUAAGUCACGCUGCUUCAUGUUUGUCAAAACUGCAAGGACAUGGCCCAAUGCAGAGCGCCACUGUCAGUUACUUGGAGAAAAACUGAAGCCUGUGUACAACACUGUAAAGUACCUUGGCGCAAACCUGGCAUCUGUGCACAGCUAUGAAGAGUCCCAAUUUCUACAGGCGGUGGUGUUGAUCGCGACUGGCAGUUUCCCUCUUACCUGGAUUGGCGGAUUUGAUGCUGUUCAAGCAAAGGUGGAAAAGGACAGGCUAUGGUUCUGGAGUGACGGCUCCAAAUUUGAUCACGAGAGCUGGGCUGAAGGGGAGCCGAAUAACUACAAUGGUCCCAGAGAGCCAUGUAUUCAGAUCAACUUUGGAGCUGAAAAUGGCUGGAACGAUGAAUCAUGUGGAAAGAGCUAUCCCUCCGUGUGCUCCAUAAGAACCUGUUUAAUCCUUCAAACUGUCAAUUGAAACCAAAAAUGCUACUCUGGUGUCAGCAUCCUAACUGCAAAUGUUUCAUGUUCUAGUGAAUUACUUUGAAGGUAUUUGUUGCUGUAAAUUACAUUUGACUUGUGUAAUUAUUGUAGCUUGUUGUCAAUAAAACGGG